CGCAGCUGUGAAGAAGACGACCCAGAAAGCUAGCAGCGACGGUUGGGGGAUACAAAGGUGGCCGCUGAAGUGCGUCGUCGCUGUUAUGGUUCAGGUCGCCGGCGCCUCUAACGUCGACUGAGCUUGUGUGGGCAGCAGAGCGGCGUAAACACCCACCCACCCCACUCCACCCACAGGACACACCAGCCAGCGACGGGUCAGCCGAGUCGCCCCGCUAGCCUCGUAACGAUGUCGAACCGUCUCGCCUUCCAGACGCAGCUCGCCUCCAUCAUGGAGGUUUUGGCCAACGCGGCGGUCGCCGAAAUAUGCAAGCUGGUGGACGACGACUACGCGGUCGUGAGUCUGCAGAUGUCCCAGUGUCAGAGGGAGAAUAAAGCGCUGAAGAGGAAGCUCCACUUGCUGGAGCUGAAAAUGGCCCGCGGAUACGCCGAGAGGAGGCUCCGGGAAAGUGCGCUGAACAACAGCCGACCGAAGGUGCACUUGGCCGACAGGCUGCGGGGGUCGUCGUCCGCCACUGAUGGAGUUUUCGAAAGACAGAUGGACAUGGGUUUGUGGUCUGGCAGAGUGGCUGCGGAAGACGCAGGGAGUGAGCCAAUGCAUUCAAGUACCAUCCAGGAUAAGUCGCCAGAUGUGGAGCUGGUGGAGUCGAAGCCGCUGCCAGUGAAAGAGGAGUUGGAUGGAGAGAUGCCAGUAGAUGGAGAAAUGGAGGAAGGCAUUCCCCUCAUAGGAGAGGAUGGGAUGGUGGAAUGUGGCCCCCGUGGAGGUCGGAGAGCCAGCCUUCAGCACCAGGACUCCCACACAACUUCCUGCCAGACCCAGAUGUCACCCCUCCUCCCCCAGCCGCAGGCUCAACCCCACAAGGCCAGGCACCCCGGUGGCAGCAGCAACAGAGGAGUGGAGGCUGCAGCCGUGCAGAGAGAGGAGGAGCCAGACGUCGUUCUGGUCAAAGUGGAGGAGGCAGAGACUGUGACGAAAGCCCAGAUGGGUCUCAGCAUACAGGAGGGAGUGGUGGAGUCCAGCACAGAUGACCUUAAAGGUAUACUGCCAUUUGAUGAGACCGCCCAAAACCCAAACCAACAACUCUCGGGCUUCCAGGAAUCUGGGCAGGGCUUCUCAGAGUCUGCGGUUCCAGCGGUCACUUCUUUGGUAACAGAGGAGGAUGUUGUCUGUACCCAGUUGAAGGCGUCGGACCCCAACACGCCAGCCAAUUCAAACCAGCAACGUGGAUCGGUUGACAACAACAACACGCUCAGCUCCGAGUACUCCUUGUUUGGCCUAGAGACCCUCUUCUCACGCUGGGCCCCUGCUGAUCCGACAGUAUCGCCCCCUGGUGGUCCGUCAUGUUCCUUCCCUAAAGAGGACGCAGAAGAGCCCGAGCAGGAUGCUGUUAUCAUUGUAGAGGCCGAGUCGCAGCCUGAACUGGUGCUGCGACCCCCACAAGAGUCGCCUGGAGAGGGAAGCCAGGGUUUCUUCUCUCUGGCACGGCCCAGUAAAGUUCACGUUCAGUCGCCUGUCUCACAAGCUGGGACAUCGGUGUCCAUCUCUUCACGAAUGCAAGACCCAUCCUCUCAGAUGCCCUGGAGCAAACCGACAGCCCCAAUGAGAACUGCAAAGACCCAGCCGCUGCCACAGCAGCUGCAUUUUUAUGGCAACAGGAUGACCCAACAACAACCACCACCACACCAACAUGGCAUCCAGCCACCGCACAACACAUUAACGACUACCACUACUGCCGUUAGUAAUAAUAUUAGUGUUGGUACGACACGUAUUAGUAAUAGUUCAACCUGUAGGACUAUGGGCUCCUCUGUGGUUCCCCAGUUAGGUUUACCUAUACGGGGAGUAACGUCAACACUUAAGGGUGCCAUGCAGCCAACGGGCCUUUUGCUUGCACGGCACCAGAGGAGCUACCAGGCAGCCAGUAGCUUGGCCGGUGAGCGACGCAGGAGGAGCUACGUGUGCCGAGCCUGCGGCAAAGCCUUCGCCGGCCUUUCAAACCUGGAAGCCCACCAGCGCGUCCACACGGGGGAGAAACCCUUUCACUGCACCACCUGUGGGAAAUGUUUCUCAGAGGCGGGGAACCUGAAGAAGCACCAGCGAGUUCACACCGGGGAGAAACCGUACAGCUGCGACCAGUGUGGGAAGCGCUUUGCCUGGAUCUGCAACCUGAGGACACACCAGCAGUCCGCCACAGGCUGUGGACCACAGCCAAGGGAAGGCGGCGGAAGUGUUGGCGGUUUGGAACAGUGAAGGGCAGUGAAUGGCAGGCAUAUUGUUCCUUAUUUUCACCAUUUUAAUUUGUUUGCCUCCCGGGCCCGUAUUAUUAACUGUAAAGUAAUAUACUAUGUAGUGUUCGGUGGGGAUAAGAGGAAAGAGCUGGAGUGAGGCUGGGAUGAGUGCGUUGGGAACUGGUUUUGAAGAGGAGAAACCGUGCCAUAAUGGCACGUCAACACUAUUUUGAGGGCAACGUUCCAUUCACGGAGGCAAGCUCAUUUUCUUAAGUAAGACCAAACCCAGGCAAUCUUUUCGAGGAUCUGGUUGAUAUUUGUGUCCCUUAGUGAGGAGGUUAUGUCCCAGUUAUAUGCAGCUUGUUUGGAUUAACUAGCCACAUGUUUGUAGUUCUUUGGGGGGGGGGGUUUCUCUCUCUCUCUCACUGUUAUGUGUCCUUAACAGAUGAUGAAAAACAUUUAAUCAAACAGAAUUAUGGUCUGACUGUUAUUCUCAUUAAAGAGGAAUUUGCUACAUGUAAUUAUGUCAUCUAACACUACAUUUAUUAGUUGUGGGAACUCUCUAAUGCAAAGGUUAUGGGCUGCAGUGAAAGAAAUACAGCGAUCAGAUCAGCUGAAACACUAAAACCACCGACAGGUAAGUGAAUAACACUGAUUAUCUUGUUACAGUGGCACCUGCCAAGGGGGUGGGAUAUGUUAGGCAGCAAGUGAGCAGCCGGUUCUUGAAGUCAGUGUGUUGGAAGCAGGAAAGUGGGCAUAUGUUAGGCAGGUGGUUUUAAUGCAAAGGCUGAUCGGUGUACUUGGGCUGUUGAGGUGUAACUAACUCCCAGAUAGCAAUGUUGUACAGCAACUCGCUCGACAUUACAAUAACAGUUCAAUGGCAGCUAGUUUCAGGUAUAUACCCGUGGUAGCUACAACUUCACAUCUUAAAGUUUCUGUUAAAGUUUUACAAGUUUUAAUGUGAUAUUACUGUUUCACCUAGCAUUUUCAUCCCCCCCCCCCCCGAUACAUGCACUUUCAGAGUAGCUUCAGCACUCUCGACCACCACCUGUUUGUUUUUCCAUCUCACUACCUAAAGGUCCAAUCUGUGCUAUUUUUUUAACCAAAUAAAACCGAGGUAUAUUUACGUAAAUGGGUUUGAAGAGUUUGAGUUAUAGAUUGAAAGUAAGCAUUUUGUUUCUUGAUCAACUUACCAUAGCUGAAGUGAUGGGACUGUUUUACUCCAAAGGUUUGAACCAUUAUUGAUGUAAGCUGACUUCUUACAGCAUCAGAAAACACUAGAAACUCCGAUUUAGUUGUUGUUUAGUGUUAGUUCUUGUAUUAAGAAACGUGUCAAUAAAUUUGGAAGUGACCUCAGGCUCCAAUCCUGUGCUUUGCAUUUAGGUAAUGGGGCAGCCCUUUUGUUUACGACUGGAUCAGGGAUUGUACCUUUAACGAACACUACAGCCAUGUGUACUUCCUACAGGAUUUCUAUAGUAACUCUAUAGGAACACUCUCGGGACACUUUUCUAUGCUGUAUAGUGUGGCUAUAGCGUUUGUAAAGAAAUGUCAUAAAAAAAAGAAAAAC